GGUGGAUUCUACAGUUUGGGAAGAACCAAGUUUAUUUCACUUAGAGAAUCCAAAAAAAAAAGAUUUCCACAAAGGAAUUGAAAUUGUGGGAUUUUCUCCAUAUAUGAGUGGCUAAGGUCUUGAUUCGUCUUUAUGCUGGAUGAUUCUUUGAAGGACGCUAUAGCAGGAGGAGCUGCUGGGUUUGCAUCGUCGCUCGUUGUUGCACCUUUGGAUGUUGUGAAGACUCGUAAGCAAGCUCGAAAGGCUCGAAUGUCCGUAAAUGGGUCAUCAGCUUUGGGAGCAGUAGAAGGGACGUUAGGCUCAAUCCAAAAGAUCUUCAUUAACGAAGGCAUUCCCGGCUUGUAUCGAGGCGUCGGGCCUAUGAUGUUAGGAUAUCUGCCCAGCUGGUCGAUCUAUUUUGUAGUGUAUGAAAAGUCAAAAGAACUUUUGGGUGUGAACAAGCGAUCUCCUCUUCAACAAAACCUGGAUUCCAAGGCAAAAGCGGUAUCGACGAUUGAGGAUGCAGAUCCCGAACUCUACAAUUUUUGGUUUCGUCAAACUGCUUCCGCCAUCAUUGCUGGUGCUGCAAGUGUAACCUUUACAAACCCGAUAUGGGUCGUAAAAACAAGAAUUGUAACUCAACCGCAUCCGAAAGCAAACCCUUUAGCAGAAAACGUUGCUGCUGCUACAAAUCUCCAAUUCCGUAAUCUGCAGACUGAUGCCCAAUCCUGUGUAAGACGUCUUCCCCUGUUUUGGUUAAAAAGACGAAUCAACUAUAAUAAUACCUCCGAUCCUGUCCAUUUCGGACAACCGACUGGCCCAGCUUGCUCUCCUAACUAUAAAAAUACACUGGAUGCAUUUCAAAAAAUAUACAAAUAUGAAGGUAUUAAAGCCUUUUAUCGUGGCCUAACACCUUCUUUGUUUGGUACCUUGCAUGUUGGUAUACAGUUUCCAUUGUACGAGUAUAUUAAAAGCUCCUUUGAUGAUUUUUUUGAAACCCAGAGAAACAUUCACAUUAUCCUCGCUGCUACCCUAUCAAAAAUCACUGCCUCCGCCAUUACUUAUCCCCAUGAGGUGUUGCGAACACGACUCCAAAGUUUAGAUGCCCCAACCCAUAAUUCCAUGGCUUUGCUCAUCCGAGAUAUAUGGAGAAUGGAGGGCUGGCGUAAAUAUUAUGCUGGUAUGGGCACCAACUUUCUCCGUACUAUUCCCGCAAGCUCGGUGACCAUUUUGAGUUUUGAAAUUGUUCGCGAUUACCUUGAUUAAUAGAUGCUCCCCCACUAUCCCAAUGGCAUACUCAAGUCCUAUCCUAUGACUACACGUUUACCAAGUAUGAGCCUGAGAAAACUCGUAUGCCCCCUUUGGAAGAAUUCUUUAAUGAUUUUGGAUCUCUACUUGUUAUUAAUAAUGAAACCUUCGAUAUGGUUUUGUCUACAUUAAUCCACCAAGACAGAUUUCAUUUUAAAAUCCUACCCAAAAGUAUAUGCUUUUUCUUCCAUGCAAA